AGAAAUUUUUACUUUACCUAAUCAGUUCAACGCCUAACGAAUAUAUACAAAACGGGUCAGGGACAUUCUCAGUUGACCUUUUCCAACUUUUAUAAGACAAGACGAGCAUCCCAUUUAGGAAUUCUUUGAAUUGUCGCCAAGUCUAUAGGAAGUUUUCGCCAUAUUUGCUAGAAAAAGCUUGGAUCGAAGAUUUGAUGCAAAUUAUAAGCAUAUUACGAUUAUUUAUUGAUAAUUGAAUUGUCUAUUUUUUCUGAUUGUUUUUUCCCUUUUGAGUCAUUACUACUAAUUUUUUCCCCUUUCUUUUCUUUUCGUUUUAGCUUUUGUGCUUUCUAUUCAAAUUCUCUCUUAAUAUGCAGUCGUCAACUUUGGUUUUGACUUCUCCUAGUUUUGCCUCUUCCGAACAGGAAUUGAAGCAUGUCUUUAGCCUUAUCGAUGCCAGUAGUGAACGUGAAUUGCAAAUGAUUGACCGUGUUCAAACAAAUUUGGUGACUUUACCUGUGAACAAAUACGUGUCGGUAAUAGUUGCCUUAGACAACGCCAACUGGUCAUCAGUCUUGACUCCCAUAUUUCCCCAGGUGUUUGCUUGCAUUCAACCUGGUGGUAGUUUACGUGUCUAUUCUUCUGUCGGUGGCAACGACGAAUCUUUCGAAAUGACUGCUUUAAUGGCCGGUUGGAUUAUUGAGUCCAAGAAUCCAUGGAUUUUAUCUCGCCCCGCACAAGUCGAGGCUGUGCCCAUUAAACUGAACCGCUCCAAAGAUGGAGUCUCGAAUGAUAUCAAAAAGCCUUUAGACUCUUUGAAAUCUAAGAAACAGGUCGCUCUUUCCUCGAUUCAAGAUGGAGGAGAAGACGAUGAUCUGGACGUUAUUGACGAAGAUGAGCUCAUUGAUGGUGCAGAUCGAACUGAUGAGAACGUCCUUCGACCACCCGAGUGUGAGCCUGCUCCCGGUAAGAAGAAACGUGCCUGCAAAAACUGUACUUGCGGCAUGCGUGAAAUGGAACAAAAGGAAUCUUCAAAGGCAUCUGCUCAACUGGAACCUGUCAAAUUAAGCGAUACCGGUGAAAUUGACUUUACAGAAAAGUUAAAGAGCAAGAAUGCUGUUUCCAGCUGUGGAAAUUGCUAUUUAGGAGAUGCCUUUCGUUGCAGCGGUUGUCCAUACAUUGGUCUUCCGGCUUUCAAUCCCGGUGAUCCAAUUGUCUUGGCUGAAAACCGUGAUAAGAUGUCCUGGAUGGCAGACGACCUUUAAAACCUCAAUACCGAAUAGCUUUUGAAACUUGUUUUAUUUAGAUGUUCGUUUGUAAAUUUAGUUAACUAUAUUCCUUUCCCCUGUCUUUGUUUACCUGUUAAUUUAUGAUUCAGUUUCAUUCUUUUUGAUUAAAAAGCUGUUGCUUUUCAAUUUCUUGAGCUGCUUUACCUUGUAAG